CCCCCUCCUCCCCGCUCCCCGGGGCCAGGCACCGUCCCCGGCCUCUUUGUCCCCGGUGCCCGGCGGAAGCGCGAACAAAAGCCGCCCGCUGAAGGCCCCGGCCCUGCCCUGGGGGUGCAGCCGGUAACCGGUUUCCACCCUCCCCGUCCCCCCGGGGCACCCCCGCGGCUGAGGGGGGAGAGGCCGUCGCCCCAGGGAGGGGGCGGGUGAGGGUCUGAGGCGCUCGGCCAAGGCCCCUGGAGGGGUCUCAGUGGGGCCUGGGGAUGCUGAGGGUGGCUGAGGACUUUACCAUGGUGCUGGGGGGCUGAGGGGACCGGCGGGGCCCAGGCCCUUGCCGUGGCACUCGGGGUGCGCCAUGGUGGAGCGCCUCGCCAAGGCUCGUGAGGUGGCCUUCAGGUGCUCGCUGUGGCCGGGGGCUUUGCUGCCGGCCCAGGACCUGCACCGUGGCCACGGUCUUUGCCGGGGUCUUGAGGCACUCAACGGGAGCUUGAGGCGUCCACCACGGCCAAGGCCUUCACCAAGGUCUUCACCAGCCUUGAAGCACUCGCCAUGGCCUUGGUCUUUGCCGUGGCCCCAAGGCCCUCACCAGCAGCUUAGGCGUUCACCGUGGCCAAGGCCUUUGCCAAGGUCUUCACCACGGCUUUGAAGCACUUGGCUUGGUCUUGGUUAUAGCUAUGGCCUGAAGGCUCUUGUGAGAGCUUGAGGUGUUCACCAUGGCCAAGGCUUUUGCCAUACCUUGAAGCACUCUCCAUGGCCACAGUCUUUGCCGUGGCUCCAAGGCCCUCAAUGGGAGCUUGAAGUGUUCACCAUUGCCAAGGCCUUUGCGAAGGUCUUUGUCGCAGUCUUGAAGCGCUUGCCGUGGCCACGGUCUUUGCCAUGGGCCCGAGGCCCUCACUGGGAUCUUGAGGUGUUCACUACGGCCAAGGCUUUCACUAAUGCCUUUGCCAUGGCCUUGAGGUGCUCACUGUGACCAAGGACUUUGCCAUGGCUCCAAGGUCCUCACAUGGACUUGAGGCGCUCACUGAGGCCCUGAGGGUCUCACCAAGGCCAAGACCCUUGCCAAGGCCUGCGCCAUAGCCAAGGUCUUCACCACAGCCUUGAGAUGUUCUCACGGCCAAGGCCUUCGCCAUGGCCCCACGACCUGUGCUGUGGCUGAGAUCUGUGCCGUGGCACUGAGGCCCUUGCUGGGAACCUAAAGUGCUCGCCAUGGCCAGGGCCUUCACCAUGGACCUGCUGCAGUCCCGGUGAUUUCACCAUGGCUGUGGCCCUUGCCACGGCACUGAGGUGCUUGCCAUCACCGAGCCCUUGCUGUGGAUCUGCGGUGCUGACCGUGGCCAAGUCCCUCGCUGUGGCGUUCGCUGUGGCUGAGAGGCGAUGGCCAUGGCCCUGGAGUUGUUGCUGUGGCUCCUGCCCUGGCCCUGGGGUUCUUGCCAAGGCUGUGUCCUGGAGGCACUCGCCCUUGCUGUCAGCAUGGCCACAAGACCCUCUCUGUGGCCUUGAGGCGCUCCCCAUCGCCCUCAGCCCGGCCCCGAGGUGCUCCUUGUCACCGUCUGUGUGGCCCUGAGGCACUCGCCAUGGCCCCGAAGCACGCGCCGUGGCCGAGGCGCUCGCCACGACCCCGAGGCGUGUGCCGUGGCCCUCACCGCGGCCUCUGUCGCGGUCCCAAUGCACGCACCGUGACCACGACCCUCUCCGCGGCCCCCGUGGUAGCUGGCAGGGGGUCCCCGGGUGCCUCUGGUUGGAGAGGGCCGGGGGCCCUUGCCGCCACCCCGUGCUGCCGCCACCCACCGCUGCCCUUUCCUUUUCUCCCCUCCCAGGUGCUCUCGAGCCGGGGCGAGGGGAUGAGGUGCCCCCCUGCCGCGUGGUGUGCCGAAGCGGCUCUUUAGAUCCUCCCCGGCCCAAGCCUCCCCUGCCAUGGAUGCCUCGGGGGCUCUUGCUUCGGCUCCCUCCUCCGCGGCUCCCUCGGGCUCCCGCAGCCCCAUGUUCCCCCCAGGAGCUGACAGAGAGGAGUGGGGACCGAGGUUCAAUUGUGCCCCUUCCACCUCUGCCGCAGCCUCGCAGGCGAUGCCAGCGUCUGGCCGGAAGAGGAAGGCCAACUUCUCCAAUGACGAGACUGAGACGCUGGUCUGGAAUGUGGUCCGGCAUUUCAGCGCCCUGUAUGGGUCUGAAGCCCUGCGGGCUCACCCCGUGCGGCGGAAGCAGCUCUGGACCCAAAUCCAAAGCCGCGUCAACUUCCUGGGCUACACCGAACGCUCCAUCGACGACCUCAAGCACAAGUGGCGCGACCUGCGGCUGGACGUCAAGAAAAAGAUCACCUCCAAGAAGCACCUGCCCAUGAACCGCGCCGGCGGGCCCCUCCACAAGCCGCGCCUCACGCCCCUGGAGAAGAUGGUGGCUUCCACCUUCUUGCAGGCCAGCCACGACUCGGAACCCGAAAUCGUCUUAGACCCAGAUCUGUUCUUCCCCGGCGCGGCCAAGCAGUCCUUCAUGCACCUGCAGCCCGGCGUGAGCCACCCCAGCAUCUACAUCGACACCAACGGGCAGCCCUCGUCCCUGCCGGACGUGGAGGGCUCCGCCGUGCCCCGGCUGGCGGUGCAGAGCCCCGACCCCUCCGUCAUCUGCGAGUACAGCCGAGGGGAAGGACAGAGCAGUUCGGCCGAGUCGGGACCGGAGCUGCGGACUCCGGACAUGUCAGCCAUUUCCCCAUCCCUGCGGAACGAGUCCCUCGUCUCCUACGCCUCCAUGUCGGAGGAGGAGGAACGGGAAGGCCGGGAGGUGGAGAGGGGCCACGGCGGGGCCGUGGGGAUGCAACCCGGGCCCGAGGCCCCCAUGUCUGCGGAGGAAGACAUGAAACUGUCCCGCCAGGCCAUGCUGAUCCGCAGGUGCAGCUCCCAGGGCUCUGUCACCUCCCUGCCCGAGGACGCUCUCAACCCCGUGGACGCUCACUCGGACUGGGGCCACGAGGGGGUGUCCGACCUGCCCCCCCUGGGCCGCGGGCUCGACUCCUCGCACCCCGAGGAGCAGGCGGGGGGCCCGGGCCCGGAGAUGGGCGCUUUGCCCAGGGUACUGAUGGGGCCCACCUGGGAGAAGCCGACGGCGGAAGAGGAGCCCCCGGCCCGCUCCCCGCUGCACGGCGCCCUGACCGAGGAGUCGCUGCCCUCCUCCGCCUCCCCCCCGGGGGAUGCCCCCGCUGCCCCCGGCCCGCCCCGCGGCCUGGGCUGCUCCCGCCUGCGGGAGGACCGCCGGGAGAGCUGGAGGACUAACAUCCAUCACCUGCUGGACCUGGAGGAGCAGUGGGACCAGCUGUACCACCAGGAGCUGGCCAUGUGGCAGGAGGAGCGGGCCACCCAGCGCGAGGAGAGGGCCCGCGACCGCGAGCUCCAGUUUCGCCUGCUGGGCGUCCUGACGGACAUCCGCGACGAGCUGCGUUUCCUGCGCCAGGAGAGGGCCAGCGCCCGGCAGAGCCAGGCGCCGCCGGCCGAGCCCCGGCCGGACCCCAGCCCGCUCCUCGAGCAGCCCAAAGCCGAGCCCAGCUUCCCCGAGCCGCAGGCCGGGACCGCCGGCUGGGGAGAGACCGCCGUGCCCAGCCGAAGCCCCUUCGGCAACCGGGGCCGGGGCCGGCGUCGGGGCCGGCCGCGCGGCUCUGCCUCCAGACACAGACGGCUCUUCCUCACCAACAGCUAGGGACGGGCGGGACGCUGUCCCGCGGAGGACAUGGUGUGCCCGCGGCCCUCCCGCGCCCGCACGUGGGGCUCCGGCCACGGACCGAGGGGCGUGCGCGCGGGGAACGGUGUGCGUGGGCGCACGUGGGAGCUGCCUGGGUCGCGGGAGGCGUGCGCGAGCGUGCGGCCGCCAGCGAGGUUGGCGCCUGCCCCGCCGGCACGCCCGGGCCCCCCGCGAGCACGGGGAAGGUACACGGGGGCGCAGGCGGCCGGGGCUGCACACACCUGCCUUGUGCUAAGCGUGCUGGGCGCACGCGCGUGUCCGGGGAGGGAGACGGCGAUACACGCUCACGUGUAAGGAGUGCGAGUGCCCGGGAGGCCUGCCUGCACCCGCGGCCGUGCCGCUGCCUGCGCGGGCAGCCCGGGGCAAGGCCCGCGAGCGUGGCCGGCCAGGCGCGCGUGAGCGAGCGGGCACGCGGCGGAGGCGUGUGCGUGCGCGGGUGUCAACGGGGCCGUGUGACAGCGCUAGUCAGUAGGAUUACUACCUUGGGGGGCGGGGAGUUAGGAACAAUUAGUCGCUGAUGUGCGAACAUUUUAUGCAAAUCAUUUAAUGACCUAAUUUGCAUAUAACCAUAAACUUCUGUUAAAAAAAAAAAAUCCCCA